AUGAACUUGUCCCAUCUCUUUAUUUUGCAACUAAUGUUCCAGCCAUGUCUCCAAGUACUGUUAACCACGUAUGCGGAACAGCCCUCAUACAAUGCUGAGUUGGGAGGGGAUGUCAUAAUGGGCUGCCGGUUCCAGCCUUUGUCACAGCAUCCUAAUGAAGACUUGAUGAUUUCCUGGUGGCAUUCGAUAUCUUCUGCUCAGUUUCGACAAGUGUACCGCAUGUCUCGGGGACAGGAGCAAGUUUCCCUCCAGCAUCCGGACUUUAUCGGUCGUGCGAGGCUCCUCACGCAAGAGAUUAAAAACGGCUGGGCCAAACUGCAGGUGUCAAAUCUGCGCAUCAAUGACGCGGGUAACUACCAGUGUGUGGUACGGACAAGGAACGGUGCUGACUAUAAGGAUAUUCACUUAUCCGUUACUGCACCAUAUAAAACAGUCACUAAAAACAUUACCGAGUCGGAAACUGGAAGAGAGCUGGUGCUAAGUUGCCAGUCUGAAGGGUACCCAAUGACCGCUGUGGCUUGGCUUGAUGCUCACCGGCAACAUCUCAAUGCCAGCACCAACAUUGAGUCAACACAGGACCAGCUUCUCAGGAUCACCACUAAGAUACGGGUGGGAUCAUCCCAGAGGAACAACUAUACAUGUCGCUUUCAAAGUAGCGGCUCUUCUGCUGCAUUUCUCAUUCCAGAUGAACUACAGAAGAAAAACACUCCCGGUGUAGCUGGAAUCUGUGCAGCAUUUGUCAUACUGAUCUGCUUUAUCGUGUUGCUAAUUUAUCUUUCCCAAAAAGGCCGUUGCAGAAACCCGCUAAAAAUGCCAACAACAAAUAAAGAGGAAGAAACAACAACUAUUUAUCUUGAAGGCUGUGACCUGGCGGUGCCUGGUAAUUGGGAUCAGAUGAGUGGCAGCAAACAGUGGGCGACCCGGCUUCUCCGGGACCCGCACUAA